AUGACUUCACGCGAAGAUUUAGUUUAUUUAAGUAAACUUGCUGAACAAAGUGAAAGAUAUGAAGAAAUGGUUCAAUAUAUGAAGCAAGUAGCUGAAAUGGGAACUGAACUUUCAGUUGAAGAAAGAAAUCUUAUUAGUGUUGCUUACAAGAAUGUUGUAGGAUCAAGAAGAGCUUCAUGGAGAAUUAUAUCAUCUCUUGAACAAAAAGAACAAGCUAAAGGAAAUACUCAAAGAGUAGAAUUAAUUAAAACAUACAGAGCAAAAAUCGAACAAGAAUUAUCACAAAAAUGUGAUGAUGUUUUAAAGAUUAUUACUGAGUUCUUGUUAAAAAAUUCUACCUCAAUUGAAAGUAAGGUUUUCUUCAAAAAGAUGGAAGGUGAUUACUAUAGAUAUUAUGCUGAAUUUACUGUUGAUGAGAAAAGAAAAGAAGUUGCUGAUAAAUCACUUGCUGCCUAUCAAGAAGCAACUGACACUGCUGCAUCUCUUGUUCCAACUCACCCAAUUAGACUUGGUCUUGCACUUAAUUUCUCUGUUUUCUAUUAUGAAAUUAUGAAUGAUGCAGACAAAGCUUGCCAACUUGCUAAAGAAGCAUUUGAUGAAGCUAUUCAAAAACUUGAUGAAGUUCCAGAAGAAAGUUAUAAAGACUCUACUCUUAUUAUGCAAUUAUUAAGAGAUAAUUUAACACUUUGGACUUCUGAUAUGGGAGAUGAUGAAUAA